ACGCGAUCGGCAUGGCUUAACUGGCCAGUUCGUUUAAAACGUUAUACGUCAACGGUGACGCUCCGCCGCGUCGUCGACUUAUCUGCUUGUGUCCGAUUGAGAUUUCUAUUCAACCGCGUUGGAGAUUCCAAUCGUUCGUCUUUGUUGCUACGGACGUAGGUCUUUAAAGGACAGUGUCCUCCAGCAGUUGAUUUUGAUUUUGGAAACUGCUUUUCGAAAACCGAAAGACUCAGUUUUGAUCGAACCUAAAUUAAAAAUUGAGAUUCUCCUCUGAUUUCGACAAAAAUUGAGAUUGCACAGUUAGUAGAUUAUUGUCUCUUUCACCGGUUACCCUGGCGAUCGGUAUGACGAUCUCGAUGACCGACACCGCCUUGGAUAUAGAGAAGAAGGCGAUCGGGCGUUGCGCUCGACGCAGUCAUCGUCUUCGCAUCUGGAUCUACUGCGGCAUCUUCCUGAUCAGUUCCGUCGGCUUUUACAUGUUUUGGUACGCAGAUGUGGUCAACAAUUAUGUGUUGUCGUCGCUGGAAUUGCGUAACGGCACUCUCAUCUUCGACUGGUGGGAGCGCCCACCCUUGAAGAUGAAAUAUAAUAUCUAUAUCUUUAAUUACACGAACGUGGACGAAUUCGAGGCGAACGAGGCGAGCAAGCUGCGCGUCCAAGAGCUCGGUCCCUACGUAUAUCAAGAGACGAUGAGUCGCAUGAACGUGAUGUUGCACGAUAAUGGCACUAUCACUUAUCAGACCAGGAGAUCCUACAAAUGGAUAGGCGGGCGACCCGAGAACGAUAUUGUCGUGGUGCCGAACGUGCCGUUGAUGUUCGCCACCGCAUACGUUCGGGACCUGAGUUUCGCAGUGCGAUUCGUUACUAACACGGUACUGUCGACUCUGCAGGAGCAGUCGUUCAUCAGUGAGACUGCCAACGGUUUCCUCUGGGGAUACGACACUCAGCUCUUCCACAUGGCCAAGCCGUUGUUGAUGCUGCAGCGGGACAUACCCUUUGAAAAGUUCGGCAUGCUGGCCAUGAAAACUGGUCUCGAUAAGGAUCGCAUCACGAUGCAUACGGGAUCGCGAGACAAGAAAAAUUUCGGCAUGAUCGACCGAGUGAACGGACUAAAUAGCCGGGUCGUUUGGGAUGACGAGCAAUGCGAUAAAAUUGAAGGCACUGAGGGUAUAUUUUCACCAUAUUUAAUACAGGACACAAGUAAACCCCUUUACGUGUAUGCUAAGGAUAUGUGCAGGAAGAUACCACUCCAUUUCGCCGAACAAGUGACUAUCUACGACAUACCUUCUUUAAGAUAUAAAUUCACCCCAGAUGCGUACAACUUCUCAAAUAAGCAAAACGAAUGCUUCUGCCCGAAAGUAUAUGAUAAGAGAGUCUGUCCACCCUCAGGACUCUUUAACAUGUCCGCGUGCAAUGAUGGCACGCCCAUGCUCAUAUCAUUUCCGCAUUUUUAUGGUGCCGACAAGUCUUUGCUGGAACAAAUAGAUGGUUUAAAUCCUCGGCAGGAAGAUCACGAGGCCUACGUAGACUUACAUCCACGCCUAGCAAUUGCCUUAGCCGGCCGAUCGAGAAUGCAAUUGAACCUGGAAGUGCGAAGGGCAAUCGGCGUGCCGUUUCUCGGGAAUUUGAAGGAUGGCAUGAUCCUUCCACUUAUCUGGAUCGAAAUCGAGAUAGGCGAACCUUCGGAACAAUUGUUGAAAGUCGCCCAGAGCGCGCAUUUCACAGUGGGCAAUAUCGAAUUGGCUUUGCAAUGGGGUACUCUGAUAACGAUGAUACUCUCCUUCAGUGCUAUGAUUGCCUGUCUCUGGAAAUCUCGCUCGAAACAGGAUGUGGUUCUCUGAAGAAACUCGUUCGUUCAAAAUAACCUUCUUGAGAUGCUCUGAACGGAAUGGAAACCGCUUGAACAAAAUUAACGAAUGAGCGAAAACCGUCGCGAUCUAUUAAAAAAAAAGAAAACAGGAAUUCUGAGGUAAUACGGAUGUGUUCAAAAGAUAUUAGAACUAUAUUUAGUCUAAUUUUUUAGACGUUUUGAAUUUUUUAAACACUUCUUGAAGUUUUUGUGCUUCGAGAUGUUCGGUUAAAGACAAAAGAUGCCGAUAGUUUCUCGUAAAGGCACGGAAAAACGAAUUUGGGUCAAGUAAAACUCGGUAACGUAAAUAAUAAUUGUUGUGCAAUUAGAAUAAUGUACGUUACUGACAAACUAUGCUAAUCAUUUCUAUACAAAGAGAGUUUGUUAUUAUGAGGCAUAAUUUCAAUGAGAAUGAAUAGAUUGCUCGAAGAUAAAAACGAUAAAAUGCUCAUCCGUAUGAAAUUUUUUGCUAACAACGCUUUGCGGUUUGAUAAAACGUUUAACAAGCGAGUUUAUUCUAGAUCUUAGGAAUGAUACGUCUAUUUUUGUUUAUCGCGAAUAAUAACGUUUUCAAAAAUAUGAUAAAAAU